AUAAGUGCACUCCAGGUUGUGGCCUCACUUGAAGGAUAUAGCAGGGACAUACAUAAACGUCCUAAACAUUAUCGCUGGGGAAAUUUGCUCAGUAAUGGAUACCUCGGGUAUUUAUGAUGGUGGGCGCUUCCAACUGCCGUUACGUGAGGAGUAUGACUAUAACCCGCCCUCCUGCCGCUACAGCGGCGACACCGAGCAGGUACGGAUCCCCAUUCCCGCUUGUGCCUCUGUCGAACACCAGAGUAAGGAGACUUUACUGCCCUACGAUCUACCUCUCUGUCAGCAUUCGAGCCCUGGUCAGACCCAGGACCAGGACCAGGAAUACCUGACAGGCCAGGGUCGUGUACCGGACGACUACCAUCCAGGAGACAGCCCAGUAGUGGGGGGAGAGUCCCUGGGACACUUGUCAUUCUCCUGGAUGAGGAGCUCCAGAGUUCACUCGUAUCAAUCACUCCCAGGUGGUCAUUCCGAGAACACAGACCAACACAAGCGGAGCCGCACCGCGUACAGCCGGGCUCAGUUAUUGGAGCUGGAGAAGGAGUUCCUCUUUAACAAGUAUAUCUCCAGGCCUCGCAGAUAUGAACUGGCCACCACACUCAACCUGACGGAGAGACAUAUUAAAAUCUGGUUCCAGAACCGGCGGAUGAAGUGGAAAAAAGAAGAAAUGAAAAAAAAAAAAUCUGACCACCACGAACCGGAGAGUUCCAAUAACAAAUGGUAAAACGUUUGGAGCAUCAUAUGACCCUGGGUUUGAAAACUAUGCCGGAUAAUUUUUUGCACUCGUCUAUUAAAUCAUAUACUGUAUGUCCUUAAACUUUAUAGCCUACGUUAGGCCUAUUCCGAGGUUCAAUGAACAGUUUACAAUUUUAAGUUGCGAGCUAUUAAGUUAUUUAUACAGUUGAUGUGCAUAUCUAAGUAAUAUGUUUAGUAGUUGCCACAUUGAUUUAUAAUAUCUAACAUUUUAAUUGAAAUGGAUAAAAUCACCCAUUUGUUUCA